AUGACAGACUUCGGAGAAAUUCUAAAAACAGUUGGUGAUUUUGGGAGAUUUCAAAAAUGUUUGGUGCUGCUAAUUUCUCUGGCAUCUCCUAGCAUGGGGUUCCACAUGUUCAGCCAAUUGUUCAUGGUUAUGCAUGUGCCUCAUCACUGUGAUACAAGCUGGAUCCAUGAAAUUAGUCCAAACCUGACUAAAGAACAGCAGCUGAACCUAACCAUUCCUAGGAAGGCAUCUGGAUCUUACAAGGAAUGCCACAUGUACACUCCUGUGGAUCAGGGAAUGGACUCCAUCCUAGAAUAUGGACUUAACUCCACUGAGACGUGCCAGAAGGGCUGGGUCUAUCCUUCAGAGCAAGAACCAACGUUGGUAACUCAGUUUGACCUGGUAUGUGACCGAAAAAAGCUAAAUGACAUCUCCCAAUCCAUUUACAUGCUGGGACUUCUCCUUGGAGCUGUGAUCUCCGGUUUGUUAAGUGACAGGAUAGGUCGGCGUCCGGUUACAUUGCUUUCCAUGCUUAUGAUGGGGGCAUUUGGUGUUGGAGCAGCCUUUGCACCGAAUUUCUAUGUCUACAUGGCUUUGAGAUGUCUUGUGGGUUUUGCUGUGUCUGGUUGCACUAUAAGCACAGUGGCCUUAGGCACGGAAUGGGUUGGAGUCUCCUACCGGACACAUACAGUAGCUAUCUCUCAUUGCUGCUUUUCCAUUGGACAGAUGGCUUUGGCUGGCUUAGCUUACGGGGUUCGCAACUGGAAGCUGUUGCAGAUUGCUGGAUCUGCCCCAAUAUUUGGUCUUUUCUUUUACAUAUGGGUCCUUCCAGAAUCUGCUCGCUGGCUUGUGAUGAAAGGGAAGAUAGAGGAAGCCAAAAAACUGCUUCAAAAGGCAGCGUCUGUAAAUAAGCAAAGCAUCCCACCAGAACUGCUGGAUCAGAUGACACCUGAAAAAAAGGGCAAAUCUGGAAAUAUCCUGGAUCUCUUCAGGAAGCCGCACCUGAGGAAAUCUACUUUAAUUAUGUGUUAUGCCUGGUUUGUGAACAGCCUGGUGUACUAUGGCCUGAGCCUUAACGUGGGGAGUUUUGGCUUGGACAUUUACCUGGCGCAGCUUGUGUUUGGGGCUGUUGAAAUACCAGCUCGCUUCGGCUGUAUCUUCCUGCUGCAGUGGUUUGGGAGGAAGAAAUGCCAGGGCUUCUUUCUGCUGCUGGGCGGAGCCAUGUGUCUCAUCAUGACCAGCAUCCCCAAAGAUUUGCCAGUGGUGGUCACGACGCUGGCUGUGAUAGGGAAGUUUGCCAUCACGGCCUCUCUUUAUACCUCCUAUGUGUAUUGUGCAGAGCUGUUCCCCACUCUUCUCAGGCAGACCGGUUUGGGUUUAUGUUCUAUGUCAGCCAGAGUGGGUGGCAUCAUCUCCCCUCUGAUUAGUCUCUUGGACAAGUACCGUCCCACUAUUUCCAUGGUGAUAUUGGGAAGCACUCCAGUGAUUGCAGGAAUCCUCUGCUUCCUGCUUCCAGAGACGUGUGGCAAAGAGCUUCAGGAUCACACAGAGGCAGCUGUGGCUAGCCAGCGGUCCUGUGAAAAUGUCAACGGUAGCUAUGAAGUUGGACACUUGAAACUAAAAGAAGACAACCAAGAUUUUGGACACACCAGGAGCACACGCUUCUAGUUAAGCCAGCCAUAAGAUGCUGAGGAACAAGGACUGCAAGCCAUCGGUGGAUUCAGCUUGGGUUCUUCAUUUACACUAACUCCCCAAGUAGACCAGCCCCCUGCCAGCUCUUCUUCUCCUCAAUCUGAUUUGCCUUCGCUAAGCUCCCUCUUAGUGCUUCCCAGUAAGUACUGCAGUUAGUCACUCCUGCUCUGUUCAGUGAGUGUUGGAUAGAACAGCCUGGCUGGGAGAAAACUGGAGCUAUAAAUUUAAGAUAAAAAUCUGAAAUUAGGACAGAAUGAACAUUUUUUUUUUUUCUCUCCUCACUUCCCGCCAUGUGCAACAUGUUUGGAAACUUUCCCAAGUGUGAGUUCUAUUAGACGGUGGAAUAGCCUUGCAAAGAAAAUGAAUCGUGCAAUAUAUAAAGGCAGACUGGAUACAGCCCGAGAAAACAAUCCCAUGGAUAGAUUACAUUAGAUAGCUAAUAAGCCUUUUCAUCUCAAAUUCUCUCCCUUAUCUACCCUCACUUCAAACCCGUGUACCUUUUACCUAGCGUUACCCAAGAAAGAAAAGUCUAGUUGGGUUUUUGCUGCAGAUACAGCAAGCAAUGUGCUGGCAUCCCUAACGGGGAGUAGCUGGGCUUAGUGAAUAAAAUUAAAACCUGUGGAGAAUCCUUUGUGUUCUGGAGGCUCUGUUUCCCUUUGUGGUGGACAGGGUCGGCUCUAGGUUUUUUGCCGCCCCAAGCAAAAAAAAUUUUGGCUGCCCCC